CCGGUCACCAACCUCGAUCUGAACGGACGCAGGCUCGUCGCCGUCGGCGACAUCCACGGCGACUUCGCUCAGGCGAUGAAGGCGCUGGAGCUCAGCAAGUGCAUGAACUCGGAGGGCAAGUGGAUCGGCGGGACCACCGUGCUCGUGCAGGUUGGCGACAUCCUCGACCGCGGCGACAACGAGCUCGCCAUCAUGCGCAAGUUUCAGAAGCUCGCGAAGGAGGCGAAGGAGGCCGGCGGGGACGUCGUGGUGAUGAACGGCAACCACGAGAUCAUGAACGUCAUGGGCGAUUUCCGCUACGUCACCAAGGGUGCCUUCGGCGAGUGUCGGCGAUGGGUAGAGAAGAGACGCGCGAGGGAGGCGGAGAAGCUCGGCGAAGAAAACGUCGAGCCCCUUCCGCCCGUUCCCGACGGCGUGACGCCGAACAGCUACUACGGCCUAUGGGCCCGGCGCGACUUGUUCCUGCCCGGCGGGGAGAUGGCGGUGAAGAUGGCGAGCAACCCCACGGUGCUGCAGGUUGGUGACACCGUAUUCGCCCACGCGGGCAUCACGGAGAAUCACGUCGACUACGGGUUUCAACGACUGAACAACGAGGUGGCGGCGUGGAUGGUGGGUAAGAAUUCUCAGCCCCCCAAGCACGUGCUCGAGGAGAAAGGGGUCGUGUGGACCCGCGACUACGGCGGCGCGGAGGGCGGGAACAAGAGCGAGGCUGCCGCGUGCAAGAGGCUGACCGAGGCUCUCGACGCCACCGGCGCCAAGAGACUGAUCGUCGGUCACACGCCGCAGCAGAAGGGGAUCAACAGCGGAUGCGGGGGUAAGGUGUGGAGGUCGGACACCGGCAUGAGUCGCGGGAUUUACGGCAACACCCCGCAGGUCAUCGAGAUCGUCAACGGUCGCGUGCGCAUCCUC